AUGAUGCGCCCCUUGGCCUUUCGCGGGCCUCUUCUGCCGCUCUUGGCUGCAGCGUCCGCAGCUAUCCUGACGCUCUCUGCGACAGCGCACUACAACCCCGGGCAAGUUCGCCAAAAAAUUCUCUCAACCGAUUUCGCGCGCGCGCGGGUCGCCGCGUCGACGGAGACCUCCCCGCCGGGGGAGCGCUGCGCCGCCUCUGCCUCCCCUGCCGAGAAGAGCUCGGGGUCGGCGCAGUCUGUCAAGACCGUGAGCCUCACGGAGCUCCUCACACAGGGCGCGCGCCAAGAACCAGGCACGGAACCCGAAAAAUUGGACAAACGGGGCGACUGGGAGCGGUGCCGCGCGUCGUCUUCACGCACCACCCAGCGCUCUCUGAGUCCGGGCUUCGACGCGGCGUCCCCCUGCGCCGCGUCCGCCGCACUUCCUCCGCCCGCCGCGGUGGCGGAGCUCGCGGAGACAUCGCCUUCGACCGCGGUCGCGGAGCCCGCGGGCCCGGACGCCGCCCCGGCGAAGCGCGCCGCGGGGGCGCAGAAGGUCUCCUUCCUGGAAGCCCUCGGGCAAGCCGCGGCGGCGGAAGCGGCGGCCUUGGGAGGCGGAGUGUGGGACCUGAGCACGUGGGGGGCGGGCGCGUUUGUGCCGGGGCUGGCGAACGCGGAAAAUGCGGCGAAGACAGGCGAAGCGACCGCUGCAGCGUCGGGCGGCUGGUUCGCCUCGUGGGGCGGCAACUGGCGCGAGACAGUCCAGCAGUUCUUCGCGAAAGUCGACAAACGCAUCGAGGAGGCCAACGGCAUGCUCAUGCACGGAGACCUCUACGAGUUCCCGCUGUAG